GUAUCCGCAAACUCUCGAAUCAUAUUCCGCACUGCAGACGGUGAGCUUCUCAUUCUGCACAUGUAGGGCCAGACGUGGGUUUGAUCAUUUCUUCCUCAUGACCGCGUCCCGGAAGCCGGAUCCUUAGACCUCGACAGCCUCUGCCACACUCUGGUUCUCAUCUGCCCAGGCCAGCUCGAAUUCAUCAUGUCGACUACGAGAGCCUUAUCCAGCAUGAAACUCGCAGUUUGCAUUGCCGCAGUCGCUAUUUUGGCACUGAACUCCCUGCCUUCGGUGCUUGGAGCACCAUACGGAUGGAAGGAGGCGCAUAUCACGUACUAUGGAACAGCUAAUGGCGGUGGCACACAGGGAGGCGCAUGCGGAUAUCCGAACACCUUUGCGAUGGGAUACGGGGUGAUGACCGCAGCAUUGAGUUAUCCUUUGUUCCAGGGCGGAAAGUCUUGCGGGGCGUGUUACCAGCUGAAGUGCAAAUGGCUGGCGCCCACUCGCACCGUUCACAACUGGUGCUGGAGCUACAGUCGCACCAUCACUAUCACUGCAACAAACUCGUGCCCUCCAGGAUCGCACGGAGGUUGGUGCGACUGGAAGCCUCACUUCGACUUGCCCAUGCCUGCUUUCAUGACAUUGGCGCGGCGUGAAGGAGGAGUGGCCCCCGUGUACUACAGAAAGGUUCGGUGUGCGAAGCGCGGCGGAAUUCGGUUUACCCUUGGCGGCAACCCAUACUUCAUGAUGAUCUUGAUUCACAACGUGGGAGGUGCAGGCGAUUUGAGGGCAGUGAAGAUCAAGGGGCGGAACGGAUAUUGGGUACCAAUGUGGCAGAACUGGGGUGCGCUGUGGACAUGCAAAACGAAGUUGAGCGGAGCAUUGUCUUUCCAGAUCACGACGGGCGACGGGCGCACUGUGACGGUUAACAGAGCAGUUGGAGACUACUGGAAGUUUGGACAAACGUGGGAGGGCUCUCAGUUCCGAUAGAUCGGUCGACAUGGAACUGGAUCAUGAGAACAAGCUCGCUAGCAUUGGUCGUUUCGAUUGAUGGGAACAUGGCGACGCUCCUCGGUCCGAGAUGUGCAUGUCAUAUGGCCCGUCCGACCGUGCGAAGCAGAUCUCGCUUUCUUGAUGGACGAGACGACUCCAGUAUGAAGUUUGUGGGUCAGUGGUGUCUAGAUCUGUUUAAAUCGACGUAUUCAUAUAUUUCAGGAGUGUAACUUGUUUUAGAAUUUGGAACGCCAUGUCCUUUGAGCCAGCUAAUCGUGCUGGGUGAUUGUUAUUUGAUCUCAUAUUUGAGAACAUCUUUGAGCAAUAAAAAGAUCAACAUCUUCGUCUGAUUUAAACAUUUA